AUGCAGAUAAUCGAUAUGUUAACAGCUACUAAUGUAAUUAAACUUGAGCAAUCGUUCCGGAUUUUGACACCAACAUUUGUUGCCGUUGCAAGUUUGCUUCUGGACAUUAUAUGGUUGAACCGUAGCAUCGGAAGGAAAUGGAAGUGUUGCUGUUGUUACAUGGACGUGAAAAAUUUUAAAUUUUCAUCUAUAAUUAAUAAAGAGAUUUAUUCACAUGUUGUGAUUGAUAGAAGUCAAACACUUCAGGUCAUGACCCAACAGUCUGCUAUUAUAUCUUAG